GAGCGAAGCGAAGUGCUGCCAGGGCAGCCGUCGGCAGGAGGGUGCGGCUGCCUCUCGCCCGGGCGCCGCCUGCUUCACGCUGCGCCCUGCGCAGGCGGCGGAGAGAGCGCCGGCCCGGCCGUGCUCCGACGGAGCCCGGGGAGGUGUCGGGGCGGCUCCCGCCGGGGGAGGCCUCGGUACGAAGGGGACCGCGCUCUGCCUCUACGCCGAGGAGCCGUCUUCUCAGACCACAAUGAACGUGGAACAUGAAAUUGGUCUCUUAGUUGAGGAGAUUCGGCGGCUGGGAACCAAAAAUGCUGAUGGACAAGUGAGUGUGAAAUUUGGUGUGCUCUUUGCUGAUGAAAAGUGUGCCAACCUCUUUGAAGCCUUAGUGGGAACUCUUAAGGCUGCAAAACGACGAAAGAUUGUCACUUACCAAGGGGAGCUACUUUUACAAGGUGUUCAUGACAACGUUGAUAUCAUGCUUCUGCAGGACUGAUGCAGCGUUUCAUCUAUGCAUUAAUGGAAUUGUUUGAGACAGUGACUUGCAGCAUCCUCUGAAUAUCGCUGAUCAUUAUAGGGUGUUUUGAUUUAUUUUCUAUAUCUUUAUAAUCAAAACAAAACUGUGCUAUUUUGGAAAACAUUCCCUUUUGUACUUCUUCUUUAAGUGGUACUGUAUGUGAGUAAGGUAAAAGAUACCAGAUCUCACUUUUUAUUUUUUCCUUUUAAAAUCUCAGGUAAUACUCUCAAAUGUCUGAUGGUUAUUUUCAACGUAUGAAAAAGGGGACUGGUAAUUUAAUGUUUACAAAUGAAAAUGUGCCAUGAAAGUAUAAAAUAAAAGCAACUGCU